UCAUCUUUGGGUCUGCAGGAAACCGAGUGCACACACCAUACGAGCGAGAGCACUGAGCACACAAAUCUGGCGUUUAGCGUUGGGAUUCCUACUGCAGUAGUACAGCAGUGAAGAGUGGGGAGAGAAGUGAGCAAGCAUUGGUUGCAAGUAGGUGGAGAGAAGAAGAAGGGAGCAAGGAAGCUCGUACAGCUAGCUAGCAGCUAGCUGCUGCAAGCUGGGCUCUUUGCCUUGCCCUGCCUGUGCGUGUUUUGCCAUUGACGGUGCCCUCUUUGAUAGUGAACUCGAUCAAGUUACACACAGAUAUACACCAGUGACAUAGAUAGAUAAAAAGCGGGGAUUGAAAGUGAAGAGCGACAGCAGAGAGAGAGAGGUCGAACGAGAGAGAGAGAGCAGGGGCUGCACAAGUCACAAAGGACGGAGAAGAGAUCCGCGCUCGAUCGUAGCAGACUGCCGGUCUUAAUUAAUACUCCCCUCGGGACCUGCGAAAACGUCAAACUCUUUGCCAUUUAAUACUUUGUCCGUGCAGUCUAGACUUGUGCAUUUGCGCUACACAAAGCAAGCAAGCCAGCCAAGGCCGUGCAGAAAGCAAGAGAGCGAGGGAAGCGAGCCAGCCGAGGAGCGACCAGGGAAGGGAGGACACCUCCCCUGUGGUAUAAAUCGUCCUGAUACUCAAGCUUAGAUUUCAAAUGCGGUCUCAGACACAGGACCUGGCAGCUAGCGAGCAGUGAAGGAGUGAGAAAGGGAAGCGAAACAAGAUCCGAAGGAAGAGCCAGACGAGCACGAAGAAGACCUGGACGAGCACUCGGGCUGUGAUCCGUAGAGGAUAGAGCUGUGCAUGCGCCGGGGCUACUGUUCCUGAUCUCUGUGCUUCAUCGAGCAAGAUGGGGGUCGUCAGACUGGAAGUUGCCAAGUACAUGGAAGACUACACGCGCGAAUACCCACUGAAACGAAUGCCAGGAAUGCCAGCGGCUAUCGCAGCCACGCUGAUCCUCCUCACAUGGAUCAUGUGGGUGCACCGUCACUCGCAGCGAAACCAGAAGGGUCCGAAAAAGUGGUUGUUUAUUGGAUGCAUAAUCGAACAAGCACGAAAUUUCGAUCGGAUACACGACUGGCUGCACGACUACCACAAGAAAGGCUGUCUUACGUUCUCCGUGCCAAUGAUUAGUAUCAACAAUACUUUCACAGUGGACCCUCGCAACGUCGAGCACAUUCUCAAAAACAAUUUCAGCAACUAUCCCAAGGGAGACUUGAUUAGAGAGAGGUUUGGGGACAUGCUCGGACAUGGAAUUUUCAACGUCGAUGGCGACAUGUGGAGGCACCAGCGCAAAGUGGCUACUCUGGAGUUCGCGUCGUCCAAGCUUCGUGACUUUAGCAUCCAUGCAUUCCGCACUGAGGCUUUGAAGCUUGUGCAAGUGCUGGCCAUCGCCGCCAGGAACGGACAAAGAGUUGAUCUUCAGGAUUUGUUCAUGCGUUUAACGCUGGACUCCAUCUGUAAGGUCGGAUUCGGAGUGGACAUUGGCAGCCUUUCCCCCUCGCUGCCGGCCAUCCCGUUUGCUAACGCCUUCGAUGAAGCGAACAGACUGAUCGUCAGGAGAUACAUCGACCCGUUCUGGAAAUUGAAGCGCACUCUGACCAUCGGAGGUGAGGCCAAGCUGAAGAAAUGUAUCAACGUCGUUGACACUUUCAUCUACAAAGUGAUCGAAACCCGCCGAGCUGAAAUGAGCGCGGCAUCCACCCUCGAUCAGGACAAGCAUCAGCAUGCCGGAGUGGAUAUUUUGUCCCGCUUCAUGUCGAUCACCGAUGGGGACCAAACCUACACCGAUGAGCGAUUGCGCGAUGUUGUCAUCAAUUUCAUCAUCGCGGGUAGGGACACCACAGCUAUCACUCUGUCGUGGUUCUUCUUCGAACUUUGCAGGAAUCCCCAAGUGGUUGAGAAAAUAUUGGAGGAAGUGUCGACGGUGCUCGAGGUUGAUCCUCAGGCGCACCUGGACCUGAGCAACUCCAGGGAUGCAGCUGAUUUCGGCGAUAGAGUUCUCGAAUUCGCUCAGUUGCUGACAUACCAGAGUCUCAGUAAGAUGCACUAUCUACACGCAGCCAUCACCGAAGCUCUGCGCCUCUACCCUGCAGUGCCUCUGGAGACCAAAGUGGCCGCAGCCAACGAUACCUUCCCAGACGGAACCCCAAUUAAAAAGGGAGAGUUCGUUAGCUACUCCUCCUAUUCCAUGGGAAGGCUCAAAUAUUUGUGGGGCGCUGAUGUUGCGGAGUUCAAGCCUGAAAGGUGGCUGAGGAGUGGAGUCUACCAGCCCCAGUCUCCAUUUAAGCUGACUGCAUUUCAGGCUGGUCCCAGGAUGUGCUUGGGGAAGGAUUCAUCAUAUCUGCAGAUGAAGUUAACCACUGUCAUUCUGCUUAUGUUCUUCAAGUUCCAGCUCGAGCGGAAGGAUGUGCCCAAUUACAGCCUCAUGGUUGUCCUUUUCAUAGCCAACGGCCUGCCUGUCAAUGUGUUUCAGCGUAAUGGGAGCGAGAGUGGGACGAACGGAAGUGAGUAUUUGUGAUUUGUGGAAGCACCAACAGCUCGACAUACCGCUGAAGGCGAGUUUUGAAAUGUUGGCGCGAAGAGGGAGGGGUGUAAUGUACAUACGUACAUAUGGGGAUAGUGGGAGAGCUGAGUGGUCAUCUGCCAGGAUAGCCCUCUCGAUAUCCAAUAGAGACAGGCUCCAGGCCCUUGAUAGAUGGGUGGAGAUUGAACGAUGUAGAAGUAGUUAGUGUGAGAACUCGUCGUAAUUGAGCCGAGAGAGUCAGUAAGUGUAGAUGUAGAGCGCCGAAUUGGCAAGGCUCAUUAUAGACAGACAAUUGACCGAUUUACGAGAAACCAUGUGGGAUUAAAUGGGUCAAAAGGGGUUUGCAAAUCAGCAUCGUCACGUGCAGUGGCUGGAUUUUAAAGUUGCUACAUGCUCCGGUCCGCCGCAGCCGCCGUCUUGAUUGGACGCGAAUUCGGGAGAAGUGAAUUCGAAGGAUGGUGCCUCUUGUUCUUGUCCGCAGUAGCAGGUGCUUGGAUGGAAAGCGGGGUAGGCAAGCGACAUCAAAAGUCACUCACUGUUUUUCAGAGACAGUGAAAUGGCUCAGAGUAAUCGCUUGGCUUGGCUCGAGAUCCCAGCAUUGCCGGUUGCAACACAGGAGGCGUCUUGGUGGAACGCGAGUUUUGAGAAGCGACAGAAAAAGUCAUUUCUAUUCUCCAGAGAUAGCUAUAUGGCCAAAAGAAAUCAUUUCUUGGGCUAGUAAUCUAUCUUCCCAGCUUGCUCUAGCAUGCCGAGAACCCAGAAAUGACGUUUGCAAAUCAGCAUCGUCAUUUGCAGUGGUUGAAUUUAAAAGAUGCUGAGUCUGGUCCGCUACAGCAGCCAUGUUGAUGGAGCGUAAGUUGUGGGCAAGCGACAGAAAAAGUCACUCACAGUCUUCCGUAGGAUUUGUGAUUGGCCAAGGGUAAUAGUUUACUUGGCACACGAUCUUUUCUCUCAGCUAGCUUCAGCGUACUCAGAACUUAGGACUGGCGCUAAGGCUUCAGCCUUCACCCUAAUUUGCAAACCUCAUUUGAUCAAUAAAAGCAAUACUUCUGC